AUGAUCGAAGGUUACGUCUUGGUUGAUAUGGUGCUAUGAGUUCUGAUAUGUACUGUGGGGAGAGGUAAUUCUGGGCUCUAUGAUUGUGAUAAUGAUAAUAUUUUGUGAUAAUUUGAUGUCUUAUAUCCAUGUUUUGUCUCUUAAUUUACUAUCCUGUUCUCUCUCUCUUUAUAUUCUUCUCUUCAGGUCACCUUCCGGGAUUCUUGACAUGGUUGUCGCUUCUUUCACCCUGUGUUUUGUAAAUCAUUGAUGCUCACUUCACCUAAUUCAGACCUCUUGGGGAAUGCCUUCUAAUUGCUGAUUAAUAGAUUUCUGCGGAAAACUGACAUUCGUACAACUCUGAAGGAUAUCAACAAAUGAGGAUGACUUUGGUUUGAUAAGAAAAAAAAUUAACGAUGGAAAAAAUGAAACUGAACAUGAUGCUUUUUUUAAUUUUUACCUUGAUUUCAAACUCAUUUCUGCCUGCAACUGCAGUCCCUAGCUUCGAUGUAGAACCUAGGGAUGUUGAUGUCGUAGAGGGCGGGCUUGCCACAUUCUGGUGUACUGUAGCUGACCAUGGAGAUGCCAAUCUGUACUGGCGUUAUGUUGACGGUGAAGGUUACUACGGAACUUUAUCCGAGAACGAAGACACACAGACCUAUGCUCACCUACACGGUGAAUUAACGCAAAGGAUCUCAAUAAAAGGAGACUUUAACCAUGGUGUCUACAACCUCUUUAUUAAGAAUGUUACCAUGUCGGAUCAGAAACAAUAUUUUUGCUCUGCCAUCACACAAGAUUUUGUUUCUUUUGAUUCAAGAAAAGCCAGGCUCACCAUUCAACCAAGGACCCGUCCUGAAGAUCCCUUACACGCAUGUUCGGCUAGAGCAAUAUCUCCUCCAAACAUAUUCAACGUUGGGUCGUUAGUACGCUUCACAUGCGCAACACCAGCAGGUUCUCCGCCGCAAACACUGACCUGGAUUUUUAUGGAAAAUGGAAUACGAACUCUUCUAGUAGGAUGUCCAGAGUCCCCAUGUAUUCAUAAUCGGUUAAUGUCUAUCGAUGACGUCAACAGAACAUUUGUAUGCGAGUUGCGUGAUUCGAUCUUGAAUCAGGUUGAAUGCACUUAUACACCGCUGCAACGUCAGGUCGAAGUUGUAGUAGAUCCACCUUUGUUCCAGCACCCACCUGGUAUUCGGCAAGGGUUCAUCUGCUUGCCUGUAAACUAUGAUCCAAAUAAUUUAUUAUUUGAUUGGUAUCACAAUUCUGAGCUCAUACCUAAUGGGACUGGUCAUUCGUUUUUAAAUCUAAUGAUCAGUCGAGAUGACGCUGGCUCCACGGUAUCAUGUGUGGUUUCAUCUCUUGAAGGGUUUUUCCGUGGUAUGGCACAAGCUAGGAUCGAACCUUUUGAUCCCAGUGAAUUAUUUCCUGACGUUGAGGGCUCUUCAUCGCCUCCUCAUGACCAAGGUACCACGAGACCAACCAAGACACGAAUAGUUUCUAGCAAAUCUCAAACCGUCGUGAAAUACACUACGAUAUCACCGUCGAAUGAGGGAGGUCACCUCUCUAUUCAGCCUAUAGGAGAGAUAAGUGACCACGAUACUCCCCCAACCAAUCUCUCAAUUCUUGUUGUUGUGUCCGCCAUUGCUGGAGCCCUUGUAGCUAUGCUCCUUUGUGCUAUUGGAUUGGUCAUGAUUAUUUUUGUUCGCAAAAGGCGAAAGCACAAUAUGAAUAUUCAAUAUCCUGAGGCCACGCAGAUUAAUGGUAACCGUGGCCAAUUUGAAAUGGGCUUCGUUGAAACGAAGAAAAUGGAAAGGUGUAUAGAAGGAGAACAUAACGGAACGGAUCCGCAGCGACUUUCGACAUGCUCAGACACCGUAGGUAAUUUGGAUCGGUUUUAUGUCACACUUGAACCAGAUGAAAACGAAGUGGCGAAAGAUGUAGAUGAGUCUAAGAAAGUGGGAAAGGAAAGCAUUGAGGCUGAUGAGUUAUCAGCAUUUGGGCCACCUUGUACGCCUAAUGAAUACGCAAGACCUCAGUCGAAACCAACGGUAAUUUCAGAUCAGUUUCAAGAUGGGAUCCAAGGGUUGCCUAUCCACCAGAGGACUAUGUCUGCAAGUGCAUAUGCAGUGACUGAUGUAGUGUCACAUGAAGGUCGUUUUAUUUUCAAAGGCAUGUCUGGUCGUGAUGAGGCUCAUAUGGGUGUUUGUCGUCUCCCGUCAGGAGAACGCUCGGCCACAAUGUCUCGAGCACCUACGAGAAAUCAAACUGCCCCACCGCUUCCUGCUAGGACACUUCCCCGAACAGUUUCAGUCAAUGAUCAGACUCCUAGUGAUGUUGGCCAAUCGGACUCUGGGACCACAAAGGAAAACUUGAAGGGCAAAUCUAAGAGCAGUUUUGGAAAUCGGUGGCCCUGGUCGUUUAAAAACACCAAACAUGGUGCAGAAACACCGGAGUGCUCUAUCGAUUCUGAAAUUGCUCUCGAAAUACCGGAAGCCAAUUCAAGUGAAAACGAAAACCGACGGCUAUCUCUUGUAAGUGGCGGCAGUGGGGACUACGCGGAGAUUAUUAGCGUUGAUAAAGAUAUCGACCAAAACCCAAACAAAAGGCAUUCCAUAGCUUGUGAGAGAUUGGACAGUAUUCCAGAGCGUAUUGCCACAGGAAAUAACUAUCAAGAUGUCUCAGCAUAUUCCUUAUCAAAAGCUCAUAUGCAAAACCAACCUAAAAUCGGAAAGGAUUUAACGACGGAAUCAGGAUACGAUCGGUUAUCACGACCAAACCAGGUCCAAGAAUCGCCUUUACAACGGUCACGUACCAUGCCAAUUUACGCUAAAGUGAAGAAAUCUAAAAGUCUGGAUAACGAUGGAAGCAGAAGAGCAACAAAAGAAACUAUUCACGAAAAUAAAAGCCAAAAUAGAACAGAGAAAUCAGACCCAAAGCUUCUACGCAGCAUGUCAGAGGGUACAGCGCCAUAUAGAGGUAAUCAUAAAUUGAAAGCAAUUGGAGGCUACGAUACCGUAGAAAUAACAGAGAAACUUGAUCAUAUCUUGGUACAAAUGAGAAAUGGAUUUACCGGAGAAACUGUUGAUAUACCUGAGGAAGAGAACAAGGAGACAAAUACAAAUAGAGGGAGUCAUUUUGCUGACAUUGUUUAAAUAAUGUUAUAUCAUUACACAAAGAAAAAUAGGUUAAACUUUGCACCUUUAACAUGUUUGAGGUGCAGCCCAGAUGGCAAAACUUUAAGGUGCAACUUUGUACCUUUUUGGAAAGUUGCAAAUUAGCACCAAUAAGGUGCAGAAUUUCACCCCAUAGGUGCAUCAAGAAAGGUACAAAAUUAAACCUUAAAGGUGCAUCUGGUGAGCGUUUCAUCAAAAUUUUCAUCCAACAAGUUUUCAGAUCUGACAUCUUUCCCUGGUUCUGAUUGGCUGAGAGGCUACUAUUACUAUGGUAACUAUCGGAUAAGGUGCAAAGUCUGCUAUGGAUCCUACUUGCAAGUUAUUGGGUGAUCACAGCCUUGUUAAUAAUUCACGUGCAUAAGAUUUAUUUACGAUGAACGUUUGGAAAUAUUUGUAUUUUAUCAAUUUAAGCCCUUGUGUUGGCGCCACUGAUUUUUUUGUAUAUAAAUAUUUUAUAUUCGUGCAUGUAAUUAUUUUUAUCUGGCUUAAUCAUCAUAAUCUUGCGACUUUAAGUUUGGUUGGGAGGUAGG